UGUCUUUACAAGAUGGCGGUGAAAAUUACACAGUUUUAAAUAUCAGCUAUAUUGCCAUGUAUUCUUUAUUCCUCACCUUUUUUGCCAUGGAUUUAAUUGAGAAUAUGUAAAAAAGAUUGAGGACGUUGGCAAAAAAAAUUUUUAACAGCAAUUUUGGUACCUGUCGACGUGGGCAACCUGAAUCAACACUUGCAUUUUUCUUGUGACAAAAGAGCAGUCCACAAAAGCAGUUUUAAUAAUUGAAACGGCGAUAUAAUCUUCGAUUCUCUUUGAUAAAGAAGAUGCACAAAGCUGUACUGACUUUGGGAUUAUUAAUUAACAUAUGUUCCUCGAUCUGUAUCGUUUUCCUAAACAAAUGGCUCUACGUUCAUCAUGGUUUUCCAAAUAUGACUCUAACGUGUAUUCACUUCGUCACAACGUUCAUCGGUCUUCGUCUGUGUGUGAUGUUGGAUGUCUUUAAACCCAAGAGACUAUCUGUGGUGAAAGUGGUGCCGUUAUCCUUAGCAUUUUGCGGUUUUGUUGUAUUUACUAACCUUAGUCUUCAAAACAACACAGUUGGGACAUAUCAACUAGCCAAAGCUCUAACUACCCCGACUAUUGUCGCCAUUCACACUGUGUUUUAUAACAAAAGCUACUCAACGCAAAUCAAGUUAACUGUGGUUAGUAGUGUUGACAUUAACUUCCCGCUUUGACUUGCAAUUAUGCUAUAAAGUAAACUGCAGAGAUUUAGUUUGGUAAUCAUUAAUAUUACAAGAAUACAUUGUGGAAAAAAAAAUACAAUAGACUCUUCAGUCAGGAAGUAAGUUGCUGCACUGUAGUGAUGAAAGGACAUGAUUUUCUAUGUUGACACUUGUGUAGAUCCCAUAGCAUUACCCCUAGCCUCCAUCACAGCCAUUAUUAGGUUUGCCACCUAUUAAUGGGGAUGGAUUGCAUGAUCGAUGAUACUAAUAACAGCUGCGAAGGAGAAUACAUCCCUCCUUUCAUGGUCAUGUUUUAUGGUGACCUAGCCAAGACAAAGAGACCCACUUCCCUCAGACCAUAAAAUAAAAUAAAAAUUUGGCUUGUACAAUUAUAAUGGAGAUAAAGGACAUUUAAGUUGUAUGUAACAAUUCAAUAUUAGGAGUAGUGCAGGAUCCAGAUCUUGAAAUAAAGGGGGGGCUGGUCUCCAAAAAAAUUUUUUCGGCCCUUUAGGCCUCAGUUUGAUCUAAAGACAAGCGGGUGGGGCUCGCUGGGCCCCUCCCCUGGAUUCGCCAGUUAGGAGAUAAGUGUACUUUUUUUAACCUAUCCUGCAUGUAUCUUACAGAUUCCAAUUAUAGUUGGUGUAUUUUUGAACUCUUAUUAUGAUGUUAAAUUCAACUGGGUUGGAACUGUCUAUGCAAGUCUGGGUGUCAUAGUAACCUCUGUCUAUCAAGUGGUAAGUAUUUUGUAUUGAUCUAUAACAGAAUACAUGUGUAUCAAGUGUUAACAACUUUGUUUAGCAUCAGUUUUGCAGCAAUUUGUAGUAGUCUCUUAGUUUUGGGUUGCUGACUUGUAAUAAUUAAUUUUCUAGUGGGUUGGAACAAAACAGAAAGAAUUCCAAGUCAAUUCUAUGCAGCUUCUCUAUUACCAGGUAUUUCUAUUAUUGGCAGUACAAUAUUUUGGUAUAUAUUAAGAAGUAAUUUAUAUAAUUUAAAUUAUUGUUGCAGUACUGAGAGUCUGUUGAUUGUGAAUACCAAGGUCAUGGUAAUUCUUUAAAAAGUUUGUGGUGAAUAAACCAUCCCCGCCCCCCCCCAAAAAAAAAGAGAAAAAGAAAAAAAAGAACAAUAGCAACAACAAAAAAACGAGUAUUAUGUAAUCAAGAACCCAACACACAUUUUUAAGGCAAAAAACCUGGCAGAGAAUCAUAUGCCUUGACAGAGGUAUUAGUGGACUUUCCUCAUUGUAUAGACGUUGUAAUAAUACAAAGGACUUCCCGGCGGAGUAUCAGCAGAUCAGAAUGAGGAUUCCUGACAACUCAAUACAGUUGGAAAAUAUUAAAGAACAUGUCAAAACCAUGACCUGCAUUCCAGUAAUGAUUGCCUGUGCUUGUGCAAGAGGAAAAUUUUGAUGUAUAUCUACAUUAUCUGUAUUUGUCUUGAUGUAUAUCUACAUUAUCUGUAUUUGUCUUGAUGUUCUUAUAGGCUCCUUUAUCAGCAGGCAUGCUAGCAAUAGCUGUUCUCAUCUUUGAACCUGUCACAGCAGAAAAUGGACUGCUGUCAUCUUGGUCCAUGUCUUCUGUGGUGAGUAAAUCCUUUAUCCUACCAUUAUUAGACUUUCAAAAAAGUCCUUCGUCAGAUUUCAUAUGGCGCGGUUUCAUAUGAAACCUGAAACCCCAAAUGCGAGUCACGCCACUCCCCAUUUUUGGCACGAAAUGCAAACAAAAACCCUGCAAGCAAGACAAGUUGACCUUCGUGGCAAAAAUGCUCACUCCGCUCGCCAAGAGGUCAACUUGUAGCAAGUCUAUACCAUUAUGUGUGUGCCUCAUGAAAAAUAUACUGCAAAGAGAGUUGUAUGUAAUUUAUUUUCUGAUUUUACUUGGUUAAAGAGUUCUGACUAGCUAUGGCUCAUGUGUUAGGUAAACAGGGGUGGUGUGGCCUUCCAUUACAUUUCACUGGUGACCAACCUAAAAAAAUUAAUGCAUUCAUCCAAAAACACUGCAAAAAGAACUAGAUGCAGAUGCCUAAACCUCAUUUUCAGCAUAUGUCUUCUGGACCUGCCAUCUUACUACUACUAUCUAAAGAAGACAAUGAUGACAGCAGAGGACUGCAAAUAGCAAUGCUGUUGGAGGAUUUAUAUUAGAGAUUUUAUCAUCAGAUAAAUAUUCCUCCAAUGGCAAAAUUAUCAAGCAAAACAGACAAAUUAAGAGAGCCAUUUAGCAAAAAGAUCUAAAAUAUUUUGGUUGGAAUUCUUUUUUAUAGUUAGUGGUGUUAGCCUCAGGCGUUGUGGCUUUUAGCGUCAAUCUCUCAAUCUACUGGAUCAUUGGUAACACCUCACCUGUAACGUAUCCUUUACUCCACUCAGGACAGUCUCAAUGUAGCUUUAAUAAUAACAUAGUGUAGAGUCCUGAUUUAAUUUAUUAUAAAACCCUUCUCAAUAAUUUGAACCAAAGCUGACUUCCUUUUCAUAAUAUUACUGACCCCAAUGUUUUGAAACCUCCCAAAACCUUUUUUGGACCAAUUUCCUUUUCCCCAGAGUUAAUGGGUGUGAGAAACAAAAACUGAGCAGAAGAAAUUUGCUUCAAUCUAAUCUCAUGUUAUUUUAGAGAAAAGAGCCAUGGCCCUGAUCAAGUGUGAUUUUUCGAGAUGUGUCCACAAAAAUUAUGACCGAUUUUAAGUAAAUCCAGAGUAAGAAGAAUAUUUCUAUGUAUGGAAAGACUGAAAUAACUAUGGAAGACUAUUUUAAUUUGCCAAGAUCUGUUUUGAUCUCAAGCAACACUACACCAUAGAUGGCUUCCCUGCCUCGACUAUGAUUACAGUGUGACAAAGUUAUUAUUACUGUUUACGCAUUUGUCCUUAACUAGUGACCAAUAAAAUAUAUAAAGGUAUAACAUGGUUGGACAUUUAAAGUUCUGCAUCAUUCUCUUGGGAGGCUACUUUAUAUUUCACGACCCACUGGCUGUCAAUCAAAUGUUGGGUGUGGCCACCACGCUGUCCGGGAUUAUUGCUUAUACACAUUUUAAACUUGCUGAGCAGAAUGUUCUCAAACUACCCACUGUCAACAAGAUUUGACGACAAGAUUAAGGGAAAAAUGAGCUGCUAAGGAACAUUAUAAAUUAUUCUAUCUAAAGUUAGUCUGUUCACAGACCUUCUAUUUUCUUUUAAGAAACAUGUGGAGUGCCCAAAUGGAAAUAAAAGCCAUGGAGAACUUACUGACCACUAAGUCAAGGCGGUCGGGCUCAGCAAGUGCUCUUAGGUGUGAGCAAAGCAAGUGCACUCAACAAAUUUGUCCAAAAAAAGGAAAAAAAACAAAUCCAUGUACAAGCAGGCGUAUCUUAAGAAGGCUAAUGUAUAUUAUCAUGUCGCAUAAUAAUGUGAAAAACACUGCUUGUACAUUGUUCUUACAUUAAAGAGGCCUAUUAAAUGGAUGAUAAGUUAGUUAGCUUUGGAAAUAAUAAUAUUAUCAAUAUUUCAAUGAUUAUUAGAAAUUAAGUUAUGCUUCACACAUGACCAUGAUGACUUCAAGAUAUUGUGAAUUCAUUAUGAAAAUACGUGUAUCCAGACAAGGCUUACCAGAUAACUUACACAAACAAGUACUGAAGUAACAUGUAAACUUAAAUUAUUGAAGUCAUCUAUUGGAGAUUUGGUAACGUUAUAACAAUUUAUAAUACUCAGGGAGAGCUUUAUUGAAUGAAUUUUAAAACCUUUUUUUCAUGAAUUGAUUACUAAAUGAAAGAUUUAACUUAUAAUCUUUGGAAGAGAAAAAUUAUGCAUUGUCAGUUACGGCACUUAAUUUAUUAUGUCAUUUUUUAUUACUUCUGCUUUUUUCAUGCCAGAGAUAUAAAAGCAUGAUAUAAAUAAUUAUGAAUACAGGACAAUAAUAUUAAACUUAAUUUAUUUACUGUAUAUCUAGUAAAUAAUAAUUGGUAAUUAAUUUCAACUACUACAACAUAGAUACUGACUGAACAUUAAUUUUUUGUCCAGUAUCUUUAGAAAGUGGCUUUUACUCGGUGUACGAAUAAUUAUAUGUAUUACACUGCUGUCCCAUUACAACCUAACGAUAGGUUAUUAACACUAUAACAUUAAUAUGAGCAAUUAGACCUUU